AUGUUCAACAUCUUAACUCAGUCUGUAGUUCACUCUGACCCAUUCCUCACAGUGUACAGUCAGCCAUAUAUAUAGCAGAGGUGGUGGUUUCAAGUUAGUUACCUUUUUACCCUUUGUUUGUACGUUACGGGGGCCACAGAUGAUUGGAUUUAUCAAGUGAUAUCAGUAUAUGGGUAGUAUAGUGUAUUUAGUGUAAAUAUACAAUCAUGCCAGCAACCAAGUCGGAAGAUUACUAUGAAAUUUUAGGUGUUAUAAAAACUGCCACAGGACAGGAAAUUAAAAAAGCAUAUCGAAGGCUAGCGUUACAAUGGCAUCCAGACAAAAACCCAGAGAAAAAAGUAGAAGCAGAGAAAAAAUUUAAACAGAUUGCAGAAGCAUAUGAAGUUUUAUCAGAUGCAAAGAAGCGAGAUGUUUAUGACAGAUAUGGAAAAUCUGGAGUCCUCAACGAACCAAGCUUUGAUGAUGAUUUCCGAAAUAUGGGCAGAGCUGGACAUUUCCAUUUCUCUUUCCGAAGUCCAGAAGAUGUAUUUAAGGACUUUUUUGGAACAGACGAUCCUUUUGGUGAAUUCUUCCUAGGUGCUAAUCGACAAAUGAAUGGUUCGAUGUUUGAAAAUUCUUUUAUAGGCUUUCCAAGCGCAGGACGUACCUCUUUUCAAUCAUCAUUUUUCGACAUGGAUCCCUUCGGUGGUUCAGGUCAUCGAAGACAUCGUCAUCGAAGAGCAGAACCAAUGCAACAGCAUCGCAGAGCAGAUAGAGCACCUCUACACCACCAUCACCCAUUUCUGGGUUUUCCAAGAGUUCAUUUUGGUUUUGGUCAUUCGUCGAUAUUUGACGAUCCUUUUAUGGAUAUGCCACAGGCUUCAGGGUUUACUUCAUUUUCUAGUACAAAUUUCGGUGGCCCCACAAUGGGCGGUAACUUUAAAUCUACAUCUACAUCAACAAAAUUUGUUAAUGGUAAAAAGGUAACCACAAGAAAAGUGGUAGAGAACGGUCAAGAAACAGUAACGGUAGAAGAAGAUGGUAGAAUCACAUCCCGAACGGUUAAUGGUCAACAACUACGAGAUGGUGGUCAAAAGUACAGCAUCAAGAGUUAAAUUUAUAUAUAUAUAUACACAUUAACACGGCUUUUAAUGUUCUGUGACUAAAAAUAAAAUAUUAUCAGUAUUGUUGAUCGGUUUAUAAACUCUAAUUAUUAUAUUACUGGGCUCUCAUUGACAAACAUUAAUUAAUGUACAGCUGAAUUACUUUAAACAAAGAGGAUGAUGUAUAAAAUCAUUUAUUCCCUUCUUAAUAAAUGUUUUUAUUUCAUAAGUACAAGAAAUAUGUGACAACUUUUGUAUUGUACAAUUUUUUUAGUUUUGUGUCUCUUAGCUAAAAAUGUAUUAAAUGUCAGAUUGACAGAACUUUACGGUGAGAGCUCUGAUAUCUAGCUUUCUUCAUGUAUUGGAAUUUCCUGAAAUAUUCCAUGAUCGCAGUUCUCAGAAAACAACAGUUCAAUUCAGAUACAAUGGAAUCGGUUAAACCAAUAUUGAUCUGUGACUGGUGGAUCUUAUUUUUAAACUAUGACAAUUAUUAAUUUUAGGCUGUUUUAUUUUGUUCGUAAAUAAACAGUUUAAUCAGGGUAUCAAUAUCGGCUCCUUUUUCACAGUGUUAUUUGGCUCUUAUAGCAUGUGUCACAGACAGUGAGUUCUGCAUUGACUUACAGAUUUAUAAAUUAAAAGUGGAUUGAAAUGUUUUGUUUUGUUGGAACUCAAAUUUCAGAUUCUUAAAUACCGUGAAUAUUUAUAAUUUUAGAGUUUUACUUUGUUAUAAUGAGAACUUAUAUAUCCUCAAGAAACAGUACAUAAUGAACGACCUCUCUUAUUUAUAUUUUGAACACCACCACUCCUGUUGAUUAAUGAGAACAUUUGAGAGUCUUAAUACUUGAUGAAAUCUGCAUGGCUCUGUCAUUCAAAUAUUCACACAUACACACUUGUCAAGCCAGCAUCUUCCAACUCAAACUACUAGUCAUUUUACCAGUGAUAUAAAAUAACAUGCUCAUGGAGCUGAAAUAACAUGCUCAUGGAGCUGAAAUAACAUGCUCAUGGAGCGGGAAUGAAGAGAGUAAUUAUAUCUUCAUCUCCUUGACUUGUAUUUCUCAUCCCAUAUUUUUGGCCUUUUAAUUGGGGUAUAUAUCAGCUUUGUAAAAAAAAUAAUCAUAUACAUGUGCUGAUAUAUUUGAUAUAUUUUAAAGUGUAGAUUUGACCGGCAUAUAUAUAUUAAAUAACCCCCUAGUUUGUCAUGUGCUGAACUUUGUGUUUAAAUCUCAGUGAAGUCCCAGUUCUAGCUUUCUGUUAUUUUGGCUUAUCCAAAAUGUUCUUACGGUGAUUGAAACAUCGAUCGUAUAAUCCCCCACCCCCACCCCUAAAGGAGAUGAAAAUGAAUUUUAUAGGAAAAUUGAAACAAUAAUUAAAACUGUUACUCCGAACUCUACAUUAAUAACAUAUUAACUUACAUUUUAUUGUCUGUGUAUAGGGUGAUAUCAAUCAAUGAACAAAAUCAAGUAGUUGCAUCAUACCAAUAACAUAACAACUUUUUUUUUUUAAAUUAAUGAAUUUCUUCCAAGAGUUCUUGUUGAUAUUUUAUAUAAACAAAGUUUACGAAAUGUGUAAUGGGUGUGUAUGUGCAUUUUGAGAGAUUCAUGUAUUUUAUCCUACGGUUUCCUUGUGACUUGGCAUUUGAAAUAAAAAAGAAUUAAAUAGACUUAAGGGUAAUAUCAGAGCUUUCAUUGCAGACAAUGGAACCAAUGAUGAGCCAGGGUUUUUUUGUUUGCAUUGCCCUGUGAGUGCCAAUAAUAAUAUGUUCUCAUAUAAAAGAUGUUACAUGAUUUUAUAUGAUGCAGUUCAAUAUAUGACUGUGAUCUGAAUUUGUCUCCCUUGGAUUUACAAAUUAUUAAAUAUAUAUUGAGUAUGAAUCCAUAGUUAUCUGCUCUUUGUAUAUUGAAGCCGUUUAUAUAGGACAUAUUACAUUGUAUAUAAUUAGCUUAUGUCCUCUUAUCAAGAAUUAGUUUAUAAACCUAUAUAUUAUUUUAAAUAGGUAUUUAGUUCAUAUAGUUCAGAAUAUUAAAAAAAAAAAAUGGAAAAGAAGGAAUUUGUGUAUAAUCUUAUUCAUUUUACUAUUUCGUUCAUAUAGUUAAAGGUAUUUUUUAGCAGAAUGAAAAAAAAAACAAAAAAAAAAAACAAUUGCUUCAUUUAUUCUUUUGUCUCUGUUUUGAAGAGAUAAGGCCAAGCUAAAUAAAUGAUUAUUAUUUGAGUAUAGAUGUACAUUGUAUCAAGUAGCAUUAUCAUAUUCACCAAGAAAAUCAAAGUGAUACUGUCUCAGUAUCAUCUGGUCUAAAACCUACCUGAAAUAACAAUUUACCAGAAAUAAUUAAUCUUUUGGCAUUUCCUUACAUUUAUCGUAAUUUUUGCAAGACUGUACAUCUACAUACUAUAUUUUUGCUUAUUUUCCCAACACACAUUAAUUUGCGUUUUCUUUUGUUUUUUGUGGAAACAUUCAAAUGCUGUAAAACAAGAUUUUAAUGUGUUAACCCUCAAAAUAAUAAUAUAAUUUGGUGGACGAUAAAAAAAAAAAACCACUGAAUAAUUAUUUAAGAAAAGAGUGCAUUGCAACAGUUGUAAUAAAUGCACAUACAUGUUGAUCUGCCAACCUUGUUUUUAGGCUAAUUUGAGUUCAUAUUAUUCUAUUGUUUUACAGUAUAUCUAGCAUUUUGUUUGUUCAGAAAAAUAAAAUUAGUUUAUAAUUAGAAUAUUCACAACUAUCCCUAAAUUGUUUUGUUCAAACAAGCGAAAAGAGAAUUGUCUACUUAGUACAAAUGAUUAAGAGACUCAAUGUUUUAUUUUGGUCUGGUUUCCGUUUAUCCAACAGUAGAUUAAUCCAGUAUAACAGAGUUUUACUGUGUAUAUAAUAUUAUAUAUGUGUAUUUAAUUUUUGUAUAUUAAGAUAAAAAAAAAUAUUAAUCUAAAUAUAUUUACAGUUGAACGUUAAAAUGGAUUAUUUAUCGACAUUAAGGUCCGUUUCAAUUUUGUUUGGAUAGGGUCAGAUUUUGUAAUGUUGGUUUGAACACAGUUAAAGUUUUAAGUUGUGUGCCAAGUAUUGAGCAGUGUGAAAUGGAUAUUUAAUGUGUUUGGGGUUUUAUCUCUGGACUAUUUUAAAUUAAACUAACUCCUUUAUGUGGAGUAUUAUCAGAUAGGUCUGUACUUUAAAUCUGAGAAUUAUACUAAAUAUAUAGAUAUAGCUCAACAUGGUUGCUUAGAUACAGUAACCCAAACCAUGGUAUAUUUAUGGAUUUCCUCCUUGUGUCCUGCAGACUAUAUCUUCAUGUUAAAACAGCAAAGCAAAUGUACACAUGCAAUGGAUUUUCCCAACUUGGUGAAAGGAAAGAGAGACCUCAUCUUUAUGAAACAAGAACAUUUUAGAUAUAGAAUGAGCAGCUGGGGGUAGGUUUUGGUCUCCCUCUCUCUAGUACGGAGUUUAAUGUCUUCUUCCAAAGUGCAUGUUAUUGCAGACAAGAAGAAGUUUGCUGUCCAAUGCUCAGACACUGUUCUACAAUACUCGCGUCAAAAGACAACACAUAGUAACUCGCGUUUUUCUUAUUUUGAGAAAACAAAGGAAACCGUAAUGAUUUGAUUAUUGAGUUACUAGGUUUUGCUUUGGUAUACUAGGCAAUUGAAGAAAGUUGUUAGGUUGUGUCAUGGGUAUAACUGCUUACAAAAUCAAAAGAUUGGAGUAUCUAAUACAACAACAGGAUGCACAUACCCUAGUAACUACAGAUUUGGUCCUAACUCAAUUUUGAUAAAAAAGUGAGUUACUAGGUUUUGACUUUUGAUGGGAGAAUAUCUGCAAUGCACAAGGAGUAAAAGUGUGAAGAGUAAAUAUAUAGGUGUAAUAUUUGUUCAGUUUGUUAUUGUAAUGUUAUAUAUAUAAUACAGUAUGAGAGUAAUGUAUCAGCUUUGUCUACUACAUGGAUCAAGCAAAUAUUUCUACUUCCUAUUUUAUUUUAAAAUUGAAUGUUUUAGUCUGGCAAAAAUAAAUAAUAACAGAUCUCAA